CGAUGUGGCAGCCAUUAGGGAGGGCUGGGAGCGUUUGGCCCAUUGAAGGAAUCGAUGAUCUCGAGGCUUGCGUGACAAGGUAAUAAUGCCCGAACGCAUCCUCAACGCUCAAUGUUUCUUUAGCCGCCCUCCCCCGAAGCUUGUUCUCCUCCAUUAAACAGACUCUACACUACUGAUUCUUCUGUUCUAAUUUACUUGAUCUUCCCCAAAAAUGUCAAGCGUGAAGACAGCACCGAAGAUGGGCGACAAAGAGAAGGAGCAGUUCGACAGACUGUUGAACGAUGACAGCAGCUCUGACGUCGUCGAGGGCGUUGUUUACUCCAAGCCUAGCUGGAGGCGAAACAGAGGCGUCUUCCUCACUUAUGCUUCUUUUGCCUUCCUAGCUACUGUUUCUGUUGUCCUAGUGGGAAUAACCUCUGGGAAUAUAAUUACUUCGAAUAAGCUUCUCGCACAGGCUCGAGACGAGAUCGUCAGUCUUCGCGCUCUGACGGCGAUCCAUCCCCAACCAGCCCAGGCUGACUCUGCCAAGUUAACUGGUGAGGAGUUCGGCCACUGUGGGACCACUAUUGCGGAGGCGAGGCGUCUCGGAUGCGUAUUCGACUCGAUGUCAUGGGCAUGGCAACGACCGGAGUGCUACCACGCCGAGCUAGUAGACGACUUCCUCACCCGAAUGGACUGGAAGCUCUACCCCACCAACGACACAGCGAACUCCCAGCCGGUGUCGCGCGCAGCCUGGGAGCGAGGUGACUACGUCACUCUCCACGCCGACAAAGCGUGGCAUUUCUUCCACUGCAUGUACUCAUGGCGCAAGUUCCAUGAGGCAUUCGAGAAGAGGAUGCCCAUGGAUAACGACAUAGCGAUGUUUGGGCACACGAUGCAUUGCGAUGGCGUGUUCCUACAUAAUCUCGACCCUGAAUUGAUUGGUACUUGGGAGUGCGACUCCUGGCCCGGUGGGUGUCAAACAAUUGAGGUCACCGCGGGAUUCAACAAGUGCGGGUGGUACUAAAUCCACAUUGAUGAAGUGUGGAUGGGCUUGGUUGGGCUUACCUUAGAGAUUGGGACAUUGUGAUAGAGUAUGUUUAGUUUAUCGAUCUACAAUGUUGGUACGUAGUUGGAUGAAUUCAGCUGUAAGCGGUGGGGUUAUGAAGCCUGUUACCCCUAUUUAGGUAGCUAGUCUAAGCCGGAUAACCGAAAAGGGGUAACCCGAAUGCAAUUAUUUAUACCUCCC